AUGGGCCUGGAAAUGGCAAUAAGUUCUUCAUUUGGCGUGAAAGGUAUUGCUGAUAUUGAAGUGACUAUGAAAGUAAAUUUGGAAUCCGAAAUAACUGAAUCAAAGUCCGAGCAGCAAAAGUAUAAAGAAACAUAUACACUUUAUAU